AUGCAACAACAACCACCGCAUCAAGAUGAUCACGCAGGAAAUGAUGAUGGAUCAUCCACUUCCAUUCAAGAAGGAGAUCCAACAGCAACACUAUCAUCAUCUGCUUCGGAUCAAACCUCAACAUCGGAACUUGCUCUCACUGAGGAAGAAAAUCAAAUUGUUUAUACCACGACAAGCCUUGUGCUGCGAGCCAUUGAUUUAAAGUACCGUAUUUUAAAUUUAGCGAAUUCACAGAUCAGUGAUAAGAUUAUGAAUACGAUUCAAGAUGUUUUGAAUGGAUAUGUUCGUAUCGAGUCGUUGACUGCAAUUUGGGAAUUAAAUUUGGCACAAAAUUCAAUUUCCAUAUUGCCAACAUGUUUAACAAUGUUUACAAGAGUAGAACGUGUUUUUUUGAAUGAAAAUCAAUUAUCAAGCAUUCCAGAAGAUGAAAUUUUGACAAAAUUAGUGAAUUGUAAAAUAAUAUCUUUUUCAAACAACUUGUUAACAAACUUUCCCAUCAACAAUCCUUUUCCAAAAUAUUCACUUACAAAAUUAACUCUUUCCAAUAACCAAAUACAAUUCUUACCUAAAUACAUUGGAGAGUGUGUAAAUCUAGUUGAAAUUGAUCUAUCUCACAACAACUUGAAGACCAUUCCAAAAGAAAUUGAAAAUUGUAAAAAACUCAUGCGAUUAUUCAUUGAUCAUAACCCUCUAAUCUGCUUACCGUACGAACUACGGAAUCUUUCAAAAUUAAGAACCUUUCGUUGUGAUUCAUUCAACAUUGAAGAACGAAAAAGAUUUUACCAAAAGAUGUGUCUGAAACAUGACAGCACCUUGUUAGAAUUUGCAAAAAGAUUUAUUGUAAACUCAGAUCAUCAAUUAUGUCAUGGAAAAUGUUGUCAAGUACAACAUGAUGAAGAAUCAUCUCCCAUGCGAGACAUUCAUGACAUGGACAUGAGCGAUGAUGAUCAUGUUGGAGCAAUUACUAUUGCUUCAUCGACGACAAGUGUUUCUUCAUCUCGUAACAAGGAAACGUCUUUUGAAUGUUCUUCCUCACAACAUUUCAAAUUGAAUUUUGAUCUAUUGAAAGCUCAUUACAAAUCUACUGUUCCCAAACAUUUGUUGGAUGACCUUAUUGAUCACACACGAAUGAAUUGUUGUUCUACUUGUAAUCAAUUCAUGUCUCAAAACACAGGUAUUAACUUUAUUGCAUUAUCAAAACUUCCAACCAAGAGCAAACAUCAACUUGAGCAAAUUCCAUUGUUUUGUAGAGCUUGUAGCACAGAAUGCUUUUCUAACUUUCCAAAUAAAAUUAUUUGA